UAGAGUGCCUCGAUGGAGCGCGCCGCCGUACAGAGUGGCGACACCUUUUGGACUGCGCCGCACCGCCGUUUUGCUUCGCAGUCGCCAUAUUGGGGCGAGUAACUUGCUGCGCCGGUUCCUUCCAGCGUUGGUAAAGCAGCAAUGUUGGAGAGUUUGCGGAACUGCUAUGUUGUGCGCCAAGGUGCUGGGCGAUUGAACUGCGUUCAGUCGCAAAAACCAGAAUGGCAGGGUGUUGUGUACCGCUGUGUGCUGGCUCGACAACGAAAGGCAUGCGCUGUUUUCGCUUUCCACGAGCUAAGGAACGGAGAAAAGUAUGGGAGGCGAAAGUGAAGCGUGAAGACUGGAAUGCGAAUGAUAACUCGAAGAUCUGCGAGGCAUUCUGAGUACCGCAGUCUUCCGAAAAGCUGAGGCACACGCUUACUGCUCUCUCAAGCCGGAAGUGGGAAGAUGCAGAGCCGCGAUCCCGAGAUGGUUCUACAACGCCAGUGCACAUGAGUGCCAAUCGUUUAUCUUUGGCGGAUGCCAUGGCAACAGCAACAACUUCGUGAAUGAAAUGGCAUGCAAACGAGCAUGUGGAGGGGCCAUUUCUCCGGAGAAACCUAAAGUGAACAGCGAUUGCUUUCUCAGAAAGGACGUCGGAAGAUGCAAAGCUUCAAAAAUACGAUGGUUUUUCGAUGUCAGCACAUAUCGGUGCGAAGAGUUUGUCUAUGGUGGUUGCGGUGGCAACAGGAACAAUUUUUAUACUCAAAAGGAAUGCGAGAAAAGUUGCUCAGAAUUCUUGUGGGACCCUUGUGUCAAGCCGAUCAUUCCAGCUUCGAAAAAAUGGUGCCCCGGGGAGAAGAAGGAAUGGAGAUUUGGUUAUAACAAUGUGACAAAGAAAUGCGAACGAUUUUUAGCUUCCACCUGCAACGAAAAUAUAAACAACUUCGCGACCAGGAGGAGCUGCCUCCUGACUUGUGCGAGUGAGUUCAAAAUUGAACAUCUGUGGGCAUCCAUGCGAUCUCUUGCUUUGCACGUUGCGUUGCAUCACCUGACAUCUCAGGAAACAACAACAACAACAACAACAACAACAACAACAACAACAACAACAACAACAACAACAACAACAACAACAACAACAACAACAACAACAACAACAACAACAACAACAACAACAACAACAUUCUUACCUUGUUCGAUGACCUAUGAUUAA